UUGCUAUGUAUCUCUCCUUCCCUGUUCAUAUGGCUGACAUAACCACACAGUUACUUUCAUUCCUUCUGCCUGCCGAUAACCCUUUCUGUUUUCAGUCGUCAGGCACUGAGAUGGCAAACCAGAGUGCACAGAACAUUGCAGCUAUCUUGCAGCAAUAGAGACAGGUUUUCAGAUGAAUGACAAUCUCCCCUCAGUCAUCCUCGUUUAAACAUUUGCCGGCUCACAGGGACAUGCAAUGUAAGUUUUCAGACUGCCUGCAAUCUGUAGAUGGCAGCUUUCCUGCUCAUCACCUCUCUGGAACUCAGGCAAUAUUCAGCAGACUUCACUUGAAGAAGCAGUGGUUAUCCCACUAGCUGGUGACAAGACAUAAAAACAAGUGAGACAAGCCGCCAAUCAAAUUCACAAACGCUUAUGCAACAUAUCAUCGAUAACCAUCCAGACAUGGCCACUGCUUUGCUAGCUGGAGAGAAAUUGAAAGAACUGAUUUUGCCUGGGCCGCAGGAUGAUAAAGCUGGAUCUCUGGCUGCGCUUCUGGUUCAGCUGAAACUGGAGCUUCCCUUUGAUCGAGUGGUGACUAUUGGCACAGUCCUCAUCCCCAUUCUCCUUGUCACUUUGGUUUUUACAAAGAACUUUGCUGAGGAGCCUAUAUAUUGCUACACACCACACAACUUCACCCGGGACCAAGCCUUGUAUGCCAGAGGAUAUUGCUGGACAGAACUUAAAGAUGCUCUACCGGGAGUCAAUGCCAGUCAGUGGCCUUCAUUGUUUAAGCACAAAUUCCUUCCAUAUGCUCUUCUGGCCUUUGCUGGAAUCAUGUAUAUUCCUGCCCUGGGAUGGGAGUUCCUUGCCUCAACAAGAUUAACUUCAGAGUUGAACUUUCUACUUCAAGAAAUUGACAAUUGCUACCACCGAGCAGCAGAGGGACGGGCACCCAAAAUCGAAAAGCAAAUUCAAUCAAAGGGUCCAGGUAUAACGGAAAGAGAAAAGCGAGAGAUUAUAGAAAAUGCAGAAAAAGAAAAGAGCCCUGAACAAAAUCUCUUUGAAAAGUAUUUGGAAAGACGAGGUCGGAGUAAUUUUUUAGCCAAACUAUACUUAGCAAGACAUUUACUCAUUAUAUUUUUAAGCAUCAUACCAAUUAGUUACUUAAGCUUCUAUUAUGCAACCCAGAAGCAGAAUGAAUUCACAUGUGCACUAGGAGAGCCCCAUCUUAAGACCAGCAGCUCAAAAUUACAUGUAAGGGUAAACUGCAAGUUGCCAUCUGUCCAGCUCCAAAGAAUUAUUGCAUCAGUUGAUCUUUUCCUUCUUAGUUUAAUGAAUUUAAUAAUCCUUGUAAAUUUAAUACACCUCUUCAUUGUCAGAAAGUCCAAUUUCAUUUUUGACAAAUUGAACAAAGUUGGUAUAAAGACUAAAAAGCAGUGGCAGAAGUCACAGUUUUGUGAUAUAAACAUUCUUGCCAUGUUUUGUAAUGAAAAUCGGGACCAUAUUAAAUCCUUAAAUCGCCUGGAUUUCAUUACCAAUGAAAGUGACCUAAUGUAUGACAAUGUGGUGCGCCAAUUACUCGCAGCGUUAGCCCAGUCUACUUAUGAUGCCACACCCACAAUGCGGGAUUGUGGAAUUCAAACAGUUGAUCCCAGUUUAGAUCCAGCUGAUAUUGAUGUCAAUGAACAUCUUGUUAUAAAGCGUCCUAAGAAGAAAAUGAAGUGGAUCCCAAGUAGCAACCCUCUACAACAGCCCUUUAAGGAACAAUUAGCCAUAGUGAAAAUUGAAAAUAGUAAACAAGAAAAGCUAAAGCCAGUGAGGCGGAAAACGGCGACAGACACCUUAAUAACUUCUCUUGUAGAAGCUUCUUCCAAAUCCUCUCCACAGUCAAUGUCUCAGAAAAGUGAUGCUAGCACCAUGGCAAGCAACAUCAGUGACAAGAAACACAAUCGGCACUUCUCUUUAGAUGUCCAGCCGUACAUACUUAGUAAUAGAAAGCCAAAGCCAGAGGCACGUGAAAUUGCUCCCAUUGCUAUGUCUGAAAGCCAAGAGAAUGGAUUCUUAAAUCAAAAGGAAAGUGUGUUUAUACACGUCUCAACGACUGUAAAAGAUGCAUCAAAAUCGACAAAAAUUCUUGAGAAAGAAAACCAUCCGUUAUCUGAGAGUUGUGGAGAUGUUUCAGUCUCGGGAACAUUUCUCACAUGUGGAAGUCACUUGGUGAGCACAGCAGUUUCCACAUCAAGCGUUACACUCAGCCAGCUCAAGCAUGAGCCAAUGGCUGUAUUCAACCGUAACCCCACUCACCCUUUACUCCACAUUAGCACUUUAUAUGAGGGCAGCGAUGAAAAUGUCACAACUCUGAUAGAUAGGGAUCAAUCCUCUCCUGACCCAGCAGAGAUCAUUUCAGUCAUACCACCAAAGCAAGUCAUGUUGGGCCCCUAUGAAGAGUCUAGGGCCAUAAUAACUUCAGUAGAUUACUAGAUGUAAUAGCUACAUCACGCCACCAUGCAAACUCACUGCAUGAGCAUGGAAAAUGAAGUUAUCUUCUAAAUAUGCAAGCAGCAUCAUUAUAACAAGCUUUUUCCCACUAUCGGGAGGUCUGUGACUCUUCCAUGUUGACAGCUGUGUAAAGCACAAAUUACAUUGAUUCUAUUAGAUAGAGCAGCAUGACACUAGUCUGCAUACAAGCUUGGUGGGAUAUCCAUCUUUGACAGUAAUAAGUGAUUAAUGCUAUAAACAGCGCUCCUCCAAUUAAUACAGGACAGACAUCUGAGUGAGCGCUAGUAAAAUAACUGCAGCGUUAAUUGAUAUUUGUGUUUGCCAUAAUUCAGUGGCAAAUAAAUUACGUUUUGUUUAGGUGGGACCUUAAAUUUAAUAACCCUUUAACCUU